AUGGCAGAAUACGCCUUCUAUGCCGACGACCGUAACCACACGACGGACUUCAACAAGCUGGCGGCGUACUACAACUUCAGCGGGUUCCCGGCCUCGGCGUUCCAGCUGCCGACGGUUGAGGACCUCCUGGCGAAGGUGUACAUCUCCCGGGUCCUCCUCGGGCUGGUGUAUGCCUCCAUCCUCCUGGUCUGCACCGUGGGGAACACACUGUUGGUGGCGGUGGUCUGCCGGUUCGAGGGCACGCGGACAAGAGCGAACCGCCUGCUAGUAAACCUGGUGAUAUCUGACCUGCUGGCCGCCCUGCUGUGCGUGCCCUUCAACAUCGACUACUACGUGGUGCGCAGCGAGGACUGGAUCUUCGGCACGGCCAUGUGCGGGGCCGUCAACUACAUCAAGACCGUGAGCCUCUACGUCUCCACCAACACACUGGUAGCCAUGGCGAUAGACAGAUGCCUUGCCGUCACGUCCAACCUGCGGUCCAGAAAGCCCACCAAGCGGCUGUACAUCCCCAUCAUAUUCAUCUGGGUCGCCUCCCUCCUCCUGGCCAUCCCGGACCUCGUCUUCUCCGACACCGUCCAGUUCCACUUCGGCGACAUCGGCGACGUGUACGACGAGCUGUUCUUCGUCGGUGGAACCAACGCCUCCGACGACGACGCAUUCGACUUCCUCGCGCCCUACACGGGCAACUACGCGGGCGUCGACGUCAGAACGUACUGUCGCAGAAUGUGGAGCAUUGAUCAAAAGUUGGCGUACCGGUCGAAGUCCCUGCUGAUCUUCGUGCUGCAGUUCGCGAUCCCGGCCAUCAUCAUGGCGGUGUGCUCCCUCCUGGUCGUGCGGACCGUGUGGUGGAGAAAGAUCCCCGGCAUUCAGUGCGGCUGGCAGAUCAAAGCCAUGGAGAGGUCCCGGCGGAAGAGCUUCCUCCUGGUGGUGCUCGUCAUCUCCUUCAUCGUCUGCCUGGGCCCGUCCCACAUCUACGAUCUCCUCAGGGACUACGGCAACGUGCUGCAGAAGGAGGUGGCCAACACGAUGAUGUUUUACAUCUUCGAGGCCAUCGCCAUGUCCAACUGCGUCAUCAACACCAUCGCGUACGUCGCCGUGGACAACAGGAUGAGGAAGUACAUCAAGAGACUGUUCCUGACCAAACUGUGCCGCCCGCGCGCCGCGGUCUCCCGCACGCACACCAGAUCAACCUCCUCCUACACCUACCGCGGGAGGACGCUCAGCUUCCAGGAGAGGAGGCAGUACGUGCGGACGGUGGAGGGCAGUUCUACUACCAACCUCGCGCUGGAUUACUACCUGAUGAUCAAACUGUCGCGCCAGAUGGGCGAGCAGUACAAGAGGAGGAUGCUGAACGGCUCGAACGUCAGAAUCGUUGUGCAAAAGGAGACUGCUUUGUAG